ACCCUAACUUACUACUUGAUCCUUUCUUGUCACGUCAAUUAAACCCUAUUGAAAAACAAACAAUUGACAAAAAAAUUGCAUGCACAUUUUAUGCAAGUGGUAUUCCACAUGCAUUAAUUGAAAAUGAUUUUGCUAUCGCAGCUUUAAAAUCACUUCGUCCUACUUAUAAUCCACCAUCCCGCUGGUUACUUAGCAAUAAUUUGUUAAUUAAUGAAUAUAAAGAAAUUAAAGAACAGAUUCAAAAAAUUUAUUCUAAAGAAAAAUUUAUUUCCAUCUCAACAGAUGGAUGGUCGAAUCAACACAAUGAAUCAAUUAUUAAUUAUAUAACUUUAAUAACACACGGUCCAAUUUUUUUUAAAUCAAUGGCAACAAAAACUCAUUCUCAUAAAGCUGAAUAUAUUGCAGAAGGAAUUCAAAAUUUUGUAGUUUCAGUUGUAACUGAUAAUGCAGCUAACAUGCAUGCAGCUUGGAAUAUUCUUCGUACCAAAUUUCUUUCUAUUCUUUUUUAUGGAUGUGCAGCACAUUCAGCAAACCUGAUUAUUUUUGAUAUUUUUAAAAAAUCUAAUUCUACUAACGAUGAAUUACAAUGGGUGCAUAAUACAUUAGAAAUAGCAAGUAAAAUUACUAAUUAUUUUAAUUUCCAUCAAGUAGUAAAAGCAUAUCUUCAUGAAACUCAAAAACAAGAAAUGAAUAAAACUGUCGCAUUA